AUGGCGAAGAGCCCUACAUCGUUUGGAUCUCAUUCCCCGCGCAGCGGCGAGAUUCGAUCUAGUUUCAGCGGGCCGUCUUUCCAAAAUGGACCGCGGCCUCAGCUUGGUGGGAAGAAUUUAAAGGCGUACAAGAGACGCAAAUUUAGUAUAGCAAACUCAACUACCUCGUCUUCCUCGGGAAACUCGUCAUCGGGCGACGAUAAUGAUGAGGAUGGUGACUCAGACACAACCAUGAAACAUUUGGAAAUUGCUCGGCCGUUGACUAAAGCUGCUGGAACAAGUUCAGGUUCAGAAUCGUCCUUGACAGCUUUUUCAGAUGACGAGAAGUUCGAAUUCAAAAAGAGAAGUAAAAACAACAACAGCAAAUUGGCCAGGUCGAAGUUGUUAGUAGGACGCAAAGGCGUUGGUAAAAAAUCCAAAAGUUAUGGAAGGAAAGAAAUCCCUCGGAAAACUGUGGACUGGAGACAUGAAGAUGUUUUCACUAUUUCGUCUGAAGAUGACGAAGAUGAAGUCGAAGUAGAGGAGCUCAUUGAAGAUGCCAUGAGAAAUGGUGCCAACAAAGACGCUCAUGAUGACGAUGACGAAGGCGACGGCGACAAUGACAAUGAUUCGGACGACGACGACGACGACGAUGAUGAUGAAAAAACUCAUCUUGCCGAGCUUCGUUCUCUCAUGGAGAAAGGUAAAAUCACUAAACGGUUUGAAACUAACGAAAGUGAUGACGAUGACGAUGACGAUGACUCAGACGAAGGAAUAUACAGUUCUUCAGAUGAGGAUUCGGACAUCGACUUUGUAAAACUUCAAGCUCAACAGAAAGCGCAGGCGUUGAAAGCGGCGAAGGGGCUACAUGCUCGUCUGAGCGAAGAACCCGAACAAGAGAAACCAGCACCAGAAAAGAAAGAACGAAGGAAAUCCGAGGUAAAGCGUCGAAAGAGCGACGCUAAAUUUGGAAGGAGAAGAUCGGAUGCGGUUUUGCCAGAGUUGAAUUUCGCUUUUGAGUUUAAUAGCAGCGACGACGAAGAUGAAAAAGAGGAUGCAAAAGUCGCCAAUCCAUCACUGUCACUACCUGCAGCAGCAGUAGCAGCAGUAGUAAAAGAAGAAGAGCAAAAGGAAGAAGAAGAUAUGGGUGUUGAAGUUGAUUACUCUCCGUCGACGGCAAAUUUCGAGGGUCACUUUGAUUUCGACCUCGACUCGAAUUUGCUCAAUGUGCCCAAAAUCAAUGACAAUUCCGACGACGACUACGAGAUUGACGACAAUGAGCUUCUUGCUACAUUGCAAGCUGAAAACGACGUUGAUGAAUUCUUGCCAAACAUGCCGUCGUCGUCAGGGGCCGUCAUUCUUCAAAGUGAGGAGAACCACCUUGACAAUGGGAGAGGAGACCAGUCCGUCAUCUCGUCAGGAGGAGAGGACUCUGCCACUGCCGAUGCUGGAGACGACGAUGACGAAAAUGACCCCUUUUUAAAAGAGGAGGAGAAAUACUUGGUGAAUGAGUUUGAAAACAAUGGAUUCGACGAGUUUGAAGAAGACGAGGACGAGGAUGAAGACGACGAGUUCACUCUAGAUGAAGGCAAGUACUUCACUUCCAAGAAGAUUGCCAACUCGUUCAAGGGAAUUGGCGAAGACAAGAGUAAACCGAUUGUGCAAUACGAGAGCAGUUCUCCUAGCCCCAGCGACUAUGACGAAGACGACUACGUUGACUUUGUCGACUUUGACAUACCCUUGUUUGAUGAAGAGCCGGGGGAGGCGGCCACCGAGGGCAAAAGCAAGGCUGUCAAAAAGAAUAGAAAGUUGCUGCACAAUAGCGACGAAGACGACGAGUCCUAUUUGUGGAAUUAUUUUUUCAGUUCCGAUGGCGAUUCGUCGAGCGAUACCGAGAACCAACGUUCCGAGUCCAAGUGGCAGUCUUCUAAACCAGCCGUUGAGGAUUUAUUUGACCAAAUCGACAAUGACAAGACAUUCAGCACCAACAUCAACAUGAACACCAGCAUUAGCACCAGCACCAACUCCAAGAACAGCGGUAAGACCAAGAACAAGAAAAGAAAACACACCAAUAUUGCCAAUCCCAGCUCACCUUUCCCCCACUAUCGAACUUCGAACGAGUUUGAAAAUGACGAGGAUCGCGGAUACGACAGUAGUGAGUCAACCGAUGUCGAUGAAAGUCUCCCCGUAUCGUCGACUUUGGCAAAUGUCGGGUCCAAGAGAGCCACAGAAGUGUUGUCGUCAAAGACCGCCGACUAUAGGCCGCCGGUUUUGGGCUCGUGGGUCACCAUUGAUAGCAAACCUUUUGGCAUAAUCGAUGGCAUGAGUACUCGGUCAUUGGAGCCCAGCAAAACCCGUGACCCAAGGUUUGGUUACUCGGAUAACUCGUCAUCCACUCCAAGAGCUGGAGCUGGAGCUGGAGCUGGAGCUGGAGCUGGAGCCGGCACAGGAACCCGGGCGGGAGCUGGAGCUUCCUCCUCAGAGACCGCGCUUUCCUUGCGUGGGAAUGAGGAUUCUUCUCUUGAUCCCAGUAGCCUGCUGUAUUCACCAGUUUUAGCACCCAAAUCUCAAGUUGGCGCAUUAAGGAAAAGCGUGUUGAACAACUAUCAUUCUCCGCAGCCGGCAGUUUCUGACGAUCUGGUGUUGGGAUUAGACGAGUUGCUCAAUGUUAGUGAUUUGGAUAAUCAUGACGAAAAUGAUGCCCAGAUUUGGCGAGAUUUCAAUAAUCAAAAGAGGAGAGUGCCUCUUGGUGCGUUUAGAAACAAGUCGGUGCUCUACACUCAUCAUGCAAACCACCAACACCAACACCACCACCACCACCACCAUCAACCAAAGCAUUAUCCUCACGAUAAAAGACAGAGGAAGUAUUAA